CAUUUAAUUUAUAUAAAAACUUAAGCUCAAAGACACUGGUGUGUUUAGGCUAAAAUAGAAUCAGUAUAAACAGCUUGGGUAAUUUUGUAAAAAAAUAAGUUAGGUUUCCUAUACUUUCCCUGCUCUGCAGUACAUACACCCACUGGAGCCAAACUUUGGUUCAUCUCUGUGGACUUGCUCCACCUCUUUGUGAUGCUGUAAUGUACGGUCAAGCCCUCCACCUCAUACCACAGCAUGACAGAGUCAACAUGACUGACGCUGCCCUUCACAAAUCCUCACUAACACUAUUCUGCUAUGUUUGACGCAGUCUUGGACAUCAGGAGUCGGAAAACUUUGAGGUAAAAAAAAAAACCUUUUCGUGUUUCCCUUCAGGUUUGGGUCUUAAUGCCCCGGGAGGAUGGCAGAGGUAGCAGAUGGAGAGGAAGAGAUUCAAUUCCUGCGUACAGACGACCAGGUGGUGCUGCAGUGCACGGCCUCAAUACUGAAGGAGCAGAUCAAGGUGUGUCUGUCCUGUGAGGGGUUCGGGAACCGUCUGUGUUUCCUGUAGACCACGUCAAACGCUCAGAAUGUCCCUCCAGACCUGGCCAUCUGCUGCUUCAUCCUGGAGCAGUCUCUCUCUGUGCGAGCCCUUCAGGAGAUGUUGUCCAACUCCUCUGUAGAUGAGGCCGUGGAUCUGGACAAAUGGUCGUCACAGGGCGGAGGUCACCGUACCCUCCUGUAUGGACAUGCGAUUCUGCUGAAACACACUCACUCCAACAUGUAUCUCAGCUGUCUGACCACGUCACGCUCCCUGACGGACAAACUGGCGUUCGAUGUUGGCCUCCAGGAGGACUCCACAGGAGAGGCCUGCUGGUGGACCAUCCACCCAGCCUCCAAGCAGAGGUCAGAGGGCGAGAAGGUCAGGGUGGGAGACGACCUCAUCCUCGUCAGUGUUUCUUCAGAAAGAUACCUGCAUCUGUCGUACGCCAGCGGUGACCUGAUGGUGGACGCUUCCUUCAUGCAAACGCUGUGGACCAUGACUCCAGUCAUGUCGGGAUGUGAACUGGCUGAAGGGUUUCUGAUUGGAGGAUAUGUUCUGAGGCUGUUCCACGGUCACAUGGACGAGUGCUUGGCCAUACCAGGAGCCGAACAAGGAGACGAGCAGCGCAGAGUCGUCCACUACGAAGGAGGCGCCGUCUGCAGUCACGCCCGGUCUCUGUGGAGACUCGAGCCUCUGCGUAUCGCGUGGAGCGGGGGUCACAUCAAAUGGGGCCAGUCUUUCCGAAUCCGUCACAUAACCACGGGCAGAUACCUCUUUUUGGAUGAAGAGAAGGGGCUGCUGCUGGUGGAUCCUGAGAAAGCUGUUUCCAAGAUGGCCGCCUUCUGCUUCAGAAUAUCAAAGGAAAAAAUCGAAGUGACCCAGAAGCGAGACGUGGAAGGGAUGGGCAUCCCUGAGAUCAAGUACGGAGAGUCCAUGUGUUUCGUGCAGCACGUGGCCUCGGGCCUGUGGCUGACCUACGCCGCGGUCGACGCUAAAUCUGCUCGUCUGGGUCCGUUGAAGAGGAAGGCCAUACUUCAUAAAGAAGGUCACAUGGAUGACGCACUGACGGUGGCCCGCUCUCAGACCGAGGAGUCUCAAGCGGCCAGGAUGAUCUUCAGCACCACUGGGCUCUUCAACCAGUUCAUCAAAGGUCUGGACGCCCUGAGUGGGAAGAACAAGUCGGCCAAUCCCCUGUCUUUACCCAUGGAUGCGGUCGUCCUCUCCCUGCAGGAUCUCAUUUUCUACUUCCGCCCCCCGGAGGAGGAGCUGGAGCACGAGGACAAACAGUUCAAGCUGCGUUCCCUCAAGAACAGACAGAAUCUUUUCCAGGAGGAGGGAAUGAUUACUCUGGUGCUGGACUGCGUGGAUCGACUCAACGUCUACAACACGGCGGCUCAUUUCUCAGAAUACGCCGGGGAGGAGGCCGCAGAGUCGUGGAAGGAGAUCGUCAACCUGCUGUAUGAACUUCUAGCUUCUUUAAUCAGAGGCAACCGUGCAAACUGUGCCCUGUUCUGUGACAACCUGGACUGGCUGGUCAGCAAACUGGACCGUUUGGAGGCGUCCUCAGGAAUCCUGGAGGUUCUGUACUGUGUUCUGAUUGAAAGUCCAGAGGUGCUGAACAUAAUCCAGGAGAAUCACAUCAAGUCCAUCAUCUCUCUGCUGGAUAAACACGGACGCAAUCACAAGGUUCUGGAUGUUCUCUGUUCUCUCUGUGUUUGUAAUGGAGUGGCCGUCAGAUCCAACCAAAACCUCAUCACCGAGAACCUCCUCCCAGGUCGUGACCUCCUACUUCAAACCAGCAUUAUCAACUAUGUAACCAGCAUGAGGCCCAACAUCUUCCUUGGAACCUGUGAAGGAUCUACUCAGUACAGGAAGUGGUAUUUUGAGGUGAUGGUGGACCAGGUGGACCCCUUUCUCACCGCCCAGCCGUACCACCUGCGUGUGGGCUGGGCUCUGACGGAGGGCUUCAGUCCUUACCCUGGUGGAGGGGAGGGAUGGGGGGGCAACGGAGUCGGGGACGACCUUUACUCCUACGGCUUCGACGGUCUCCACCUUUGGUCAGGACGCGUUCCACGACAUGUUGCCACGCCCUAUGAACACACUCUGGCUGCAGAGGACGUGGUCAGCUGCUGUCUGGAUCUGAGCGUGCCCAGUAUUUCCUUCCGCAUCAACGGUCAUCCAGUUCAGGGAAUGUUUGAGAACUUCAACCUGGACGGCCUGUUUUUCCCCGUGGUCAGCUUCUCCGCAGGCGUGAAGUUGAGAUUCCUCCUCGGAGGUCGUCAUGGGGACUUCAAGUUCCUCCCACCUCCAGGCUACGCUCCGUGUUAUGAAGCGGUUCUGCCCAGGGACCGAUUGAGGAUCGAACAUAUUAAAGAAUAUAAGCACGACUUUGACGGCGUCCGUAACCUGUUGGGUCCGACCCAGUCCCUCUCUCACACAGCCUUCACGCCGUGUCCCGUGGAUACCAUUCAGAUUGUCCUUCCUCCUCAUCUGGAGCGGAUCCGGGAGAAACUCGCCGAAAACAGUCAUGAAUUAUGGGCCGUGACUCGCAUCGAACAAGGAUGGACCUACGGCCCAUUUCGUGACGACAACAAGAAGCUCCACCCCUGCCUGGUGGAUUUCCAGAGUUUGCCGGAACCAGAGAAGAAUUAUAACUUAGCCAUGUCAGGAGAAACUCUGAAGACUCUGCUGGCUCUGGGCUGCCAUGUUGGGAUGGGGGAUGAAAAAGCAGAGGAGAAUCUGAAAAGGACUAAACUCCCCAAAACUUACAUGCAGUCCAGUGGGUACAAACCCGCUCCUCUGGAUCUGAACCACGUCAAACUGACCCCCAAUCAAAACACGCUGGUGGAGAGACUGGCAGAAAAUGGACACAACGUCUGGGCACGAGACAGGGUUCGACAGGGCUGGACCUACAGUAUAAUGCAGGACAUAAUGAACAAGAGAAACCCCCGCCUGGUUCCUUACAACCUGCUGGAUGAGAAGACCAAGAAGACCAACAGAGACACGGUCUGUGCAGCCGUCCGCACUCUCAUUGGAUAUGGUUACAACAUCGAACCACCUGAUCAGGAGAGCAGUGGACAUGGACCAGGCAGCUCCCGUGGAGACAAGAUCAGAGUUUUCCGAGCAGAGAAGUCCUACGCCGUCACUCAGGGGAAGUGGUACUUUGAGUUUGAAGCCGUGACGGUCGGGGAGAUGAGAGUGGGCUGGGCCAGACCCAGUGUCCGUGCAGACACUGAACUGGGUGGAGAUGAUUUGGCCUACGUCUUCAAUGGCUUCAAGGCUCAGCGUUGGCACGUGGGCAGCGAGCCCUUCGGUCGCCAGUGGCAGUCUGGAGACGUGGUGGGCUGCAUGAUCGACCUGAUCGAGAUGAACAUCAUGUUCACGCUCAACGGAGAAAUGUUGAUCAGUGACUCCGGCUCUGAAAUGGCCUUCAAGGAUAUUGAGAUUGGAGAAGGCUUCAUCCCUGUGUGCAGUCUGGGUCUGUCCCAGGUGGGAAGGAUCAACCUGGGUCAGAACGUCAGCAGCCUUCAGUACUUUACCAUCUGCGGCCUGCAGGAGGGAUUUGAACCGUUCGCCAUCAACAUGAAGAGAGACAUCACCAUGUGGUUCAGUAAAAGUCUUCCUCAGUACAUGGCCGUGCCCACUGACCAUCCCCACAUCGAGGUGUCCCGUGUGGACGGGACAGUAGAAACUGCCCCUUGUCUCAAGGUGACCCACAAAACAUAUGGAUCCCAGAACUCCAACACGGACCUGCUGUUCUUCAGACUCAGCAUGCCCAUAGAGUUCCACGAGACCUUCAAAGUUCCAGCAGGGACCACGCUUCUCACCCGCACGAUGACCAUCCCCGAAGACGAAGUCCUGGAGGUCGACCCCGACUCCGACUUUGAAAUACUCAAGAAGUCGGCCACUCGCAAAGAGCAAGAGGAGGAGAAGAAGGAGCCGUCCGUGCCCAAGGAGAUCCCCGCCGUCAAGAAUGGAGAGAAUGAGAAGGACGCCUCCACGGAGAAGAGCAAGAAGAAGGGGUUCCUCUUCAAGGCCAAGAAGGCUGCUUUGAUAACGCCCCCACCUGUCGUGCCCACCAUGCCCCGCUUGGUGGAGGACGUGGUGCCGGAUGACAGAGACGACAUGGACAUCAUCCUCAGCACCACCACAUAUUAUUAUUCGGUGCGGAUCUUUGCGGGGCAGGAGCCUGGUGGUGUCUGGGUGGGUUGGAUCACCCCUGACUAUCAUCAGUACGACCUUCAUUUUGACCUCAGCAAAGUGAGAAACGUGACGGUCACUGUAGGCGAUGAUAAAGGCAACAUUCAUGACAGUAUCAAACGCAGUAACUGCUACAUGGUUUGGGGCGGGGAGUUUGGCAGCUCUCAGCAGACCCGGGUUAGUCAGGAGGAUUUGAUCAUUGGUUGUCUCGUUGACUUGGACACUGGACUAAUGACCUUCACCACUAAUGGAAAAGAGAUCAACACAUUUUACCAGGUGGAACCAAACACAAAACUCUUCCCUGCCGUCUUUGUCCUUCCUUCGAGUCAGAAUAUGAUUCAAUUUGAACUCGGAAAACUGAAGAACAUCAUGCCCAUCUCUACUGCCAUGUUUCGGAGCGAACGCAAGAACCCCGUCCCCCAGUGCCCUCCCCGACUGGACGUUCAGAUGUUAACGCCCGUGAUAUGGAGCCGCAUGCCCAACCACUUCCUGGCUCCAGAGACAGGGCGUGCCAGUGAGAGGCUGGGCUGGGUGGUCCACUGUCAGGAGCCCCUGACCAUGAUGGCCCUGCACAUCCCAGAGGAGAACAGGUGUAUCGACAUCCUGGAGCUCUCAGAGCGUAUGGACCUGCUGACGUUCCACUACCACACUCUGAAACUCUACGGCUGUGUGUGCGCUCUGGGCAACAACCGCGUGGCCCACGCCCUUUGUAGCCACGUGGAUGAGUCCCAGCUCUUUUACGCCAUAGAGAACACCUACCUCCCUGGGCCAAUGAGGAGCGGGUUCUAUGACCUGCUGAUCAGCAUGCACCUGGAGUCUGCCAAGAGGAACCGACUGGGAACCAACAGGGAGUUCAUUGUUCCGAUGACGGAUGAGACGCGCAGCAUCACGCUCUACGCUAAAUGUCACGCCUUACCAGGGGUCGGCCUCACCACCUGUCUCCGCCCCAAGCUUCAUUUCUCUUCCGUCGGAUUUGUGGGAACAGAUCCAGACAUCUACACGCUGAGUCCAGUUAUACCCCUGGAGGUGCUGAAGACAAAAGCUCUGAACAUGCUGACGGAGGCGGUACAGGACGGAGGUCAAGCCAUGAGAGAUCCUGUAGGGGGCAGCGUGGAGUUCCAUUUUGUUCCGAUCCUGAAGCUCAUCAGCACCCUCCUCAUCAUGGGUGUGUUCAACGAUGAAGAUGUCACUCACAUCCUGAAGAUGAUCGAGCCCACGGUCUUCAGUGGCAGGAAAACAGAGGAGCACACCGAGGAGAGUGUCAAGGUGAAGGAACAGAAGGAACUGAAGCCUCCCCCAAAGGUGAGGGAGGAGGUGCAGCAGGAGGCGUCUGAGGACGAUGGCUUAGGGGAAGAUGAGGAGGAGGAAGAGGAGGAUGAAGAAGAGAUGGAAGAAGAGGAGGAACUGGAGGAGAUGGAACCUCUCACGGAGCAGGGUGAGGUCGAGUCCGAACAUUUGAACGGUGAAAAAGGAGCAGAGGAAACGGAGAAGGAGGUGAAAGCUGUGGAAGAACAUCUGGAUCAAGGACUCUUCCAGAUGAAGCUCCCUGAGUCUGUCAAACUCCAGGUGUGUACUCUGCUGCAGUACUUCUGUGACUGUGAGCUGCGUCACAGGGUGGAGGCCAUCAUCGCCUUUUCAGACAAGUUUGUCAACGACAUACAGUCCAACCAGAGGCGGCGCUACAACGAACUCAUGAUGGCCUUCACCAUGAGUGCGGCCGAGACCGCCCGCAAGACCCGUGAAUUCAGGUCGCCUCCGCAAGAGCAGGUCAACAUGCUGAUGAACUUCAAAAACUGUGCGGAGGAUGAAGAUUGUCCUGUUCCUGAGGAAGUUCGAGACGCCCUGCAGCUUUUUCACAACGCUCUGCUCUUCCACUGUGGGGUCCACGUUGAAGAGGAGGAGGAAGAGUCAGAGGUGGAUAAUUCCCUCCGUGGACGACUUCUCCGUCUGUUGGAGAAGGUGAAAAAAUUCCGACAAAAGAAGGAAGAGACAGAUUCUGAGCCACAGGAGGAUAAGAAACCAAGCACUCUGCAGGAGCUGAUCUCCCACACCAUGAUCCACUGGGCCCAGGAGUCACACAUCCAGAACCCUGAGCUGGUUCGCAUGAUGUUCAGCCUCCUGCACAGGCAGUACGACGGUCUGGGCGAACUCAUACGAGCUCUUCCCAAGGCCUACACCAUCAACCGGGUGUCCAUCCAGGACACCAUGGAUCUGCUGGAGUGCCUGGGUCAGAUCCGCUCGCUGCUCAUCGUACAGAUGGGUCCGGAGGAGGAGAGGCUCAUCAUCCAAAGCAUCGGGAACAUCAUGAGCAACAAAGUUUUCUAUCAGCACCCCAACCUGAUGCGAGCUCUGGGGAUGCAUGAAACUGUCAUGGAGGUGAUGGUGAAUGUUCUGGGCGGUGGUGAUUCAAAGGAGAUCAGAUUCCCGCGGGUGGUGACGAACUGCUGCCGCUUCCUGUGUUAUUUCUGUCGCAUCAGUCGCCAAAACCAACGCUCCAUGUUCGACCACCUCAGUUAUCUUCUCCAGAACAGUGGCAUUGGUCUCGGAAUGCGAGGCUCCACCCCCCUGGACGUAGCCGCAGCUUCGUGUAUCGACAACAAUGAACUUGCACUGGCUCUGCAGGAGCAGGACCUGGAGAUGGUGGUGAAGUACUUGGCUGGAUGUGGGCUGCAGAGCUGUCCCAUACUGCUGUCCAAAGGCUACCCCGACAUCGGCUGGAACCCAUGUGGGGGAGAGAAAUACCUGGACUUUCUUCGUUUUGCCGUGUUCGUCAACGGUGAAAGCGUAGAAGAAAAUGCCAACGUGGUAGUGCGUCUCCUCAUCCGAAGGCCCGAGUGCUUCGGUCCGGCCCUGAGAGGAGAAGGAGGCAACGGUCUGCUGGCUGCCAUAGAAGAGGCCAUCAAAAUAUCAGAGGAUCCUGCACGGGACGGACCCUCGGUGAAGAAAGACCGACGCUUCCCCAUGUUUGGAGGAGAGGAGCAGCAUGAGGAGAACAGGGUUCACCUGGGAAACUCCAUCAUGUCUUUCUACUCCGCCCUGAUCGACCUGCUGGGGCGCUGUGCUCCGGAGAUGCACCUGAUCCAGGCAGGAAAAGGUGAAGCUCUGAGGAUCAGAGCCAUUCUCAGGUCUCUGGUCCAGAUAGAGGAUCUGGUGGGGGUCAUCAGCCUGCCGGUACAGAUCCCUUCUUUUGGAAAAGACAACAGCAUAAUUGAACCAAAGAUGUCAGCCAGCUUUGUCCCGGACCACAAGGCCCCCAUGGUGCUGUUCCUGGACAGAGUCUACGGUAUUGACAACCAGGAUUUCCUGCUCCACGUGCUGGAGGUCGGAUUCCUGCCUGACAUGAGAGCUGCAGCUUCUCUGGACACCGUUGCCUUCAGCACCACAGAGAUGGCCCUGGCUCUGAACCGUUACCUGUGCUCUGCUGUGUUGCCUCUCAUCACCAAAUGUGCGCCGCUCUUUGCCGGCAGUGACCACAGGGCCAUAAUGAUCGACUCCAUGUUGCACACCAUCUACAGGCUGUCUCGUGGAAGAGCCUUCACCAAGGCCCAGAGGGACAUCAUUGAAGAGUGUUUGAUGGCUUUGUGCAAACAUCUACGUCCCUCCAUGCUGCAGCACCUGCUGAGACGGCUGGUGUUUGACGUUCCCAUUCUCAAUGAAUACGCCAAGAUGCCACUGAAGCUUUUGACCAAUCACUAUGAGCGCUGUUGGAAAUAUUACUGCCUUCCUAAUGGUUGGGCCAACUUUGGGGUGGCGUCAGAGGAGGAGCUGCAUCUGACCCGCAAACUGUUCUGGGGGAUUUUUGAGUCACUGGCACACAAGAAAUUUGAUGCUGAGAUUUUCAAAAUGUCCAUGCCCUGUCUCUGUGCCAUUGCUGGGGCCAUUCCUCCGGACUACGUGGAUGCUAGCUACUCCUCCAAAACGGAGAAGAAGGCCUCCGUGGAUGCGGAGGGAAACUUUGAUCCUAAACCGGUGGAGACAACAAACACCAUCAUCCCAGAAAGACUGGAUCCCUUCAUCAACAAAUAUGCUGAAUACACACACGACAAGUGGGCCUUUGAAAAGAUCCAGAACAACUGGUCGUAUGGUGAGGUCCUGGAUGAGAAUGCAAAAACUCAUCCCAUGCUCAGACCGUACAAGACCUUCUCCGAGAAGGACAAAGAGAUUUACCGCUGGCCAAUCAAAGAGUCCAUCAAAGCCAUGCUUGCAUGGGAGUGGAAUCUGGACAAGGCCAGAGAGGAGGAGGAGUCAGAGAAGAAGAAGGCGGCCUCGCGAAAAAUCUCUCAAACGGCUCAAGCGACCUACGACCCCAGCCAUGGCUACAGCCCUCAGCCCAUCGACGUCACACACAUGGCUCUCUCCAGAGACCUCCAGUCGAUGGCCGAGCAACUGGCAGAAAACUAUCACAACACCUGGGGACGGAAGAAGAAGCUGGAGCUGCAGGCCAAAGGAGGUGGGACACACCCUCUGCUGGUGCCCUACGACACACUCACGGCAAAAGAAAAGGCCCGAGAUCGAGAGAAGGCGUACGAGCUGCUCAAGUUCCUGCAGCUGAAUGGAUACGCUGUGACACGGGGCCUCAAAGACAUGGAGUCCGACAUCUCCUCCAUCGAGAAGAGGUUUGCUUAUGGUUUCCUGCAGAAGCUGCUGAAGUGGAUGGAGAUCGCUCAGGAGUUCAUCGCUCAUCUCGAGGCUGUUGUCAGCAGUGGACGAGUGGAAAAGUCUCCUCAUGAGCAGGAGAUCAAGUUCUUUGCCAAGAUCCUGAUGCCUCUCAUUAACCAGAAUUUCAAAAACCACUGCCUUUACUUCCUGUCCACACCUGCAAAGGUCCUGGGCAGUGGAGGUCACUCCUCCAACAAAGAGAAGGAGAUGAUUGCCAGUAUCUUCUGUAAAAUGGCGGCACUGGUGAGACACAGAGUCUCUCUCUUUGGAACUGACGCCACAGCCAUCGUCAACUGUCUUCACAUCCUGGCUCGGUCACUGGAUGCAAGGACUGUAAUGAAGUCGGGGCCGGAGAUCGUAAAAGCAGGACUGCGGUCGUUUUUUGAAAGUGCUGCAGAUGAUAUAGAGAAGAUGGUGGAGAACCUGAAACUGGGCAAAGUCUCCAAAGGGAAUCAGCAAGUCAAAGGCGUGUCCCAGAACAUCAACUACACCACCAUCGCCCUGCUGCCGGUGCUGACCUCUCUGUUUGACCACAUCGCUCAGCACCAGUUUGGAGACGAUGUCAUCUUGGAUGAUUUACAGAUGUCCUGCUAUCGCAUCAUGUGCAGCAUCUACUCCUUAGGGACCGUCAAGAAUCCACACGUGGAAAGACAGAGGCCGGCUCUGGGAGAGUGUCUGGCUCACCUGGCAGCGGCCAUGCCUGUGGCCUAUUUAGAACCACAUCUGAAUGAAUUCAACGCUUUCUCUGUCUACACCACGAAGACGCCCAGAGAAAGAGCCAUCUUGGGUCUCCCCAGCGAGGUCCAGGAACUCUGUCCAGACAUACCAGAGCUGGAUGUUCUGCUGAAGGAGAUCGGGGACCUGGCCGAGUCCGGGGCCCGGUACACCGAGAUGCCUCAUGUGAUUGAGAUCACGCUGCCCAUGCUGUGCAACUACCUGCCUCGCUGGUGGGAGAGAGGACAGGAGAACUCCCCAGAGAUGGAGCGACGUCUCUGCACCGAGGUCACGUCGGAACAUCUCAAUCAGCUGCUGGGCAGCAUCAUGAAGAUCGUAGUCAACAACCUGGGCAUCGACGAAGCCUCCUGGAUGAAGAGGCUGGCUGUUUUUUCUCAGCCAAUCGUGAGCCGGGCCAAGCCGGAGAUGCUCAGAUCCCACUUCAUCCCCACCAUGGAGAAGCUGAAGAAGCGGACCUCGAAGGUGGUGGCUGAAGAAGACCACCUGAGGAUGGAGGGCAAGUCGGAGGGAGAUGACGAAGAGGAUGGAACCAUACGUGACGAGUUCGCCGUCCUGUGCAGAGACUUGUACGCCCUCUACCCGCUGCUCAUUCGCUAUGUGGACAACAACAGAGCCCGGUGGCUGACGUGCAGAGACCCCGAUGCUGAGGAGCUUUUUCGAAUGGUGGGGGCGGUCUUUAUUUUUUGGUCCAAAUCUCAUAACUUUAAGAGAGAGGAACAAAACUUUGUGGUGAUGAACGAGAUCAAUAACAUGUCGUUCCUCACCGCUGACAGCAAGAGUAAAAUGAGCAAGGGCGGGGACUCAGAGGGCGGCGGCUCGGACACCGAGCGGACAAAGAAAAAGAAGCGCGGGGAUCGGUACUCGGUGCAGACCUCGCUGAUUGUGGCGGCGCUGAAAAAGAUGCUGCCCAUCGGCCUGAACAUGUGCUCUCCUGCAGACCAGGAGCUCAUCAACAUCGGGAAGAUCAGAUAUUCUCUGAGAGACACAGACGAAGAAGUCCGAGAGUUCCUGCAGAACAACCUUCAUCUCCAGGGAAAGGUGGACAAUCCUUCCAUGCGCUGGCAGAUGGCGCUGUAUAAGGAGAUGGCAGGAAAAGCUGAAGAUGCCGAUGCACCUGAGAAGGUGGUCAAGAGAGUGCAGGAGGUCUCUGCCGUCCUCUACCACCUGGAGGUGACGGAGCAUCCUUUCAAGUCCAAGAAGAUGGUGUGGCACAAACUGUUGUCCAAGCAGAGACGCAGGGCCGUGGUGGCCUGUUUCAGGAUGACGCCUCUCUACAACAUUCCCAGACACAGAGCUUCAAAUAUGUUCCUCGAAGGAUACAAACGCAACUGGAUUCACACCGAGGGCUGUUCCUUCGAAGACAGGAUGAUAGACGACCUGUCGAAAGCCAUGGAGCAGGAGGAAGGAGACGAAGAAGAGGAGAAGGAAACCAAACCAGAUCCACUUCAUCAGCUCAUUCUGCACUUCAGUCGGACGGCUCUGACGGAGAAGAGUAAACUGGACACAGACCAUCUGUAUAUGGCUUAUGCCGACAUUAUGGCAAAGAGCUGCCACAUUGAUGAGGAGGAAGAAGGAGCAGAGCAGGUGGUGGAGAGUGCUGAGGAUGAGAUGUCCUUUGAGGUGCGACAGUCAGAACUGGAGAAGGAAAUGGAAAAACAACGGCUCCUGUACCAACAGUCCAGACUCCACAACCGUGGAGCUGCAGAGAUGGUCCUGCAGAUGAUCAGCGCCUGCAAAGGUGAAACUGGUCCAAUGGUUUCCACGACACUGAAGCUGGGAAUCUCCAUCCUUAACGGGGGCAACAGUGAGGUUCAACGAAAAAUGCUGGAGUACUUGAAAGACAAGAAGGAUGUUGGUUUCUUUUUGAGUGUCCAGGCUCUGAUGCAGACAUGCUGCGUCCUGGAUCUAAAUGCCUUCGAGAGGCAGAAUAAAGCCGAGGGUCUGGGCAUGGUCUCAGAGGAGGGCACCAAUUUGAACGUAGACCGGGAUGAGAAAGUCAUGGCCGAUGACGAGUUCACCUGUGACCUCUUUCGUUUCCUGCAGCUGCUGUGUGAAGGUCACAACAACGAUUUUCAGAACUACCUGAGGACGCAGACGGGCAGCACCACAACCAUCAACGUCAUCAUCUGCACCGUGGAUUAUCUCCUCAGAUUACAGGAGUCCAUCAGUGAUUUCUACUGGUAUUAUUCUGGGAAGGACGUCAUUGAUGAUCCUGGAAAAAAGAAUUUCUCCAAAGCCAUGGCUGUGGCCAAACAGAUUUUCAACAGUCUGACUGAAUACAUCCAGGGUCCGUGCACUGGUAACCAGCAGUCCCUGGCCCACAGCCGACUGUGGGACGCCAUCGUUGGGUUCCUUCACGUCUUUGCUCACAUGAUGAUGAAACUGGCGCAGGACUCCAGUCAGAUCGGUCUGUUGAAGGAACUCCUGGACCUUCAGAAGGACAUGGUGGUGAUGUUGUUGUCACUGUUGGAGGGAAAUAUCGUGAACGGCACCAUCGCUCGUCAGAUGGUGGACAUGUUGGUGGAGUCCUCCAGCAACGUGGAGAUGAUCCUGAAGUUCUUUGACAUGUUCCUCAAACUGAAGGACAUCGUAGCUUCCGAUGCUUUCCGUGACUACGUCACCGACCCUCGAGGACUGAUCUCCAAGAAGGACUUCCAGAAGGCCAUGGACAGUCAGAAGCAGUACUCGCCGUCCGAGAUCCAGUUCCUCCUGUCCUGCUCGGAGGCCGACGAGAACGACAUGAUCAACUACGAGGAGUUUGCCAGUCGCUUCCAGGAACCGGCCAAAGACAUCGGCUUCAACAUCGCGGUGCUUUUGACCAACCUGUCUGAGCAUGUUCCUCAUGACACCAGGCUCAAGAACUUCCUGGAGCAGGCGGAGAGCGUCCUCAACUACUUCCGUCCUUUCCUGGGCCGUAUAGAAAUCAUGGGCGCCAGCAGGAAGAUCGAGCGCAUCUACUUUGAGAUCAGUGAAGUCAACCGUCGACAGUGGGAGAUGCCGCAGGUGCGGGAGUCCAAACGACAGUUCAUCUUUGAUGUGGUCAACGAGGGAGGAGAGUCUGAGAAGAUGGAGAUGUUUGUCAACUUCUGUGAGGACACCAUCUUUGAGAUGAACAUCGCCUCCCAGAUUUCAGAGCAGGAAGAGGAGGAAAAGGGCGAGGAGGAUGAUGAAGCAGACGAAAGUGGCGUGGAGGCGGGGCCAGGAGGAGGAAGUGUCGGCGGAGGUGAAGAAGACGGUAACGGAGAAGAAGGUCAGCCUGAAUCCAGCUCCGCCUUCGCAGACUUCAUCAACAGCAUGUUGAGCUUCUUCAGUAUUUUCACCUUCAGGAACCUGCGCAGACAGUACCGCAGGAUCAGAAGAAUGACGUGUAAGGAGAUCAUCGUGGCUCUGUCCAGGUUCUUCUGGACCAUCCUGAUGAGCAUCCUUCACUUCAUAUACAACAUCUGCAAGGGCUUCUUCAUGAUCAUCUGGUACACUCUGUUCGGAGGAGGUCUGGUGGAGGGAGCUAAAAACAUCACGGUGACGGAGAUCUUAGCCAGCAUGCCUGACCCCACGCAGGACGACGUUCACGGGGACGGACCAGGAGAACUGCGAACGGGGGAGGAGCAGGAGGGGGGGGCAGCGACUGACACGGGAGAGACUGGGAGUGGAGAGGAGGAGGAGGAGGACACCCAGGAGAAAGAGGGUGGGAGGUUCCCAGGUAUGGACGCCCCCGGUGGUCUGGGGGACAUGGGGGUGGAGGCUCCUGUUGAACCCCCCACCCCUGAAGGAACUCCUAUAACAAAGAGGAAAAUGCCUCCUGAAGACAGUGACUCCACUAAAAAACCUCCUGAACCUGUUCCUGCUCAGGAAACUCCUCCAGAGGCUGAAAAGGCAGAAGUUGAAGGUGGAGAAAAAGCAGAGAAAGAAUCUCAGAGCAAAGAGAAACAACAUGCAGAGGAGCCGAGGAAAUCGGCCGCCAAGAAACAGAAGAAGCUGAAGAAGGAGGGAGGGUUCCAGAUCUGGAGUGAGCUGGAAACACAGAGGAACAAAUUCAUGAACUACCUCUCCAGGAACUUCUACAACCUCAGGUUCUUGGCACUGUUUCUCGCCUUUGCCUUGAACUUCAUUCUUCUCUUUUACAAGGUCUCUGAGACUCCGCCCGACGGAGACGACCUUGAGGGGUCUGGACUGUCGGAGGGCAGCGGGCUCUUUGAGGGCUCGGGAUUGUUUGAAGGUUCAGGAGAUGAUGCUGAGGGAUCGGGGCUGGAGGGAGGAGACGACGACGAUGACGAAGACGUCCCAGUCUUUUACUACCUGGAGGAGAGCACGGGCUACAUGCAGCCCACGCUGGCCUUCCUGGCCAUGCUGCACACGGUCAUCUCCUUCAUCUGCAUCAUCGGCUACAACUGCCUCAAGAUUCCACUGGUGAUCUUCAAGCGCGAGAAGGAACUGGCCAGGAAGCUGGAGUUCGACGGCCUGUACAUCACCGAGCAGCCGGAGGACGACGACAUCAAGGGCCAGUGGGAUCGGCUGGUCCUGAACACGCCCUCCUUCCCCAACAACUACUGGGACAAGUUUGUGAAGAGAAAGGUGUUGGACAAGUACGGGGACAUCUACGGCAGAGAGAGAAUCGCUGAGCUGCUGGGCGUCGACCUGGCAUCCCUGGACGUGAGUCAACAACACGAGAAGAAACAGGAGGAACCGGACAACUCCGUGUUCACAUGGAUGACCUCCAUUGACAUCAAGUACCAGAUCUGGAAGUUUGGUGUCGUGUUCACGGACGGUACGUUCCUCUACCUGUGCUGGUACCUGAUCAUGUCUCUGCUGGGACAUUACAACAACUUCUUCUUCGCCUGUCACUUACUGGACAUCGCCAUGGGUGUGAAGACUCUGCGCACCAUCCUGUCCUCGGUCACGCACAACGGCAAACAGCUGAUGAUGACGGUGGGCCUGUUGGCCGUGGUCGUCUAUCUCUACACCGUCGUCGCCUUCAAUUUCUUCCGCAAAUUUUACAACAAGAGCGAGGACGAGGACGAGCCGGACAUGAAGUGCGACGACAUGAUGACCUGUUACCUGUUCCACAUGUACGUUGGAGUCCGUGCCGGAGGAGGAAUCGGAGACGAGAUCGAGGAUCCGGCCGGGGAUGAAUACGAACUUUACCGCGUGGUCUUUGACAUCACCUUCUUCUUCUUCGUCAUCGUCAUCCUGCUGGCCAUCAUCCAGGGUCUGAUCAUUGAUGCCUUUGGAGAACUGAGGGACCAGCAGGAGCAGGUGAAGGAGGACAUGGAGACAAAAUGCUUCAUCUGUGGAAUAGGAAGUGACUACUUCGACACGACACCACACGGUUUUGAGACGCAUACGUUUGAUGAGCACAAUCUGGCCAAUUACAUGUUCUUCCUAAUGUACCUCAUAAACAAGGAUGAGACGGAGCACACAGGACAGGAGUCGUACGUGUGGAAAAUGUACCAGGAACGCUGCUGGGACUUCUUCCCUGCCGGAGACUGUUUCAGAAAACAAUAUGAAGAUCAACUCUCCUGAUCACCCCCCCCACCCCACAAACCCACACACACACACACACACACACACGAGUCAUCACUAAGGGGAGCAUUUUAUUUUAUUUUUAAUUUAUUUACAAUGCCUUCAUACUAACAGGGUUUGGGUUUUUAAUUAUUUUUCUGUUGGAAAACAAUGUGAUAGUUGUUUAACAUAUUUUGAUAAUACAUUUAUGUUGCAUUAAAUUAGUCAUUUGUUUUGUGACUGUCAUGGUUCUUGUCGGGUUUUUGGCUCAUAUUUGAUCUUGUCAUUGAACUGUCAUUUACAGCGCCCCCUAACCUUCAAAUGUUUAAAAUAAAAACAUGAAAAUAUGAACCUGCGUGUCUUCUGAACAGCUACAGAAUAGAACUCAAUAUGAAAUGAAAGAAAAAAAUGUCCCUUAAAGAAGAACCUGGUGGUAGUUGACAGAGUGACGUUUGACAUUACUGCCCUACAUGAUGAAACCCGACCUGGAACUGAACGUCUGCCUGGAAGCCAAUCACUCUCCCACCGUGUCACCCCAGGCCGUCGGAGCUGCCACGUCCCCAGUGUAAUGUAACACUCCACGUCUCCACUGUCGUCUUCACAGCCAUUCAUUUCCUCGCUGACGUAAACCAACCUGGCACAGGAGUCUGGAUGGAUUUGAACCGUGAACCUUCUGUAAGGCAGGCAGGAAUCACACUGCUCCACCUGAGGCUCAGAAGAGUUGAAUAAAAGUGUAAAAAUAAGAUUAAGUUAUAAAGUGUCCAACAUCCAGGUCUGCCUGAGUUAAUUAAUGAGUUAAUUAGUGAAGAUAAGACAAGUUUUCCUUGAAGAUUAUUCAAAAAAAUAUUUUAAAGAUAUUUUCUCUUUAAGCUCUGUUUCAGAUCAUUAGUGGUUUUAUUUUCCCGUCUUUCACUGAAGAACGUCUGUCUCCUCGUUCCUCCAUGUUCACACACAUCAGGUGACGGCAGCAUGUGUUUCUCUCUGUGACCUGACGCCUGAGCAGCUCCUGGUGGACAAUGGUCAAAGGUCUUCAUCACCUGUCACUGACAGAAGGUCGCCGUCACCUGGGUCCAUGACUCAGG